AUGGAUUUAGCGCAGCUGUCCGGCGUGCUGCAGCAGGCCCUCAGCGCCAAUCCCGAGGAGCGCAAGGCCGGCGAGGCUCACCUCGUGCAGAAUCAGUUCGUGCCGGGGCAUCUCGUGGCGCUGCUGCAGAUGGUCGUGCGUGCUGACGUGGACCUCGCGAUCCGCCAGGUGGCGGCUAUUCACUUCAAGAACACCGUGUCGCGCAACUGGAGAACCAAAUCCGACGCUACCGAGGCCGCCGCUGCAGGUUCGCCGCUGUUCUCGGAGGGUGACGUGGCGGCGGUGCGGGACAACCUCGUGGAGGCCGUCAUCUGCUGCCCGCCGCUCAUCAGGUCGCAGCUGAUCGAGGUGCUCAAGGCGGUGGUGCAGAGCGACUACCCCGAGCGCAUGCCGGCGCUGCUGCAGCAGGCGCUCGCGAACCUGCACAGCCCCGACCAGCCGCGCGUCUACGGCGCGCUCGUCGUCGUCCGCGUGCUCGCGCGCAAAUACGAGUUCAAGGACGAGGAGGACCGCGUGCCCGUGCACGAGGUGGUAACCAGCACGUUCCCGCAGCUGCUGGUCAUUCUGCAGCAGCUGCUGGCCGUGCCCAACCCGUCCCUCGAUAUUGCCGAGUACAUCAAGCUCGUGCUCAAGAUCUUCUGGUCCGCCUGCUACCUCAAGGUGCCCGAGAUGGUGCAGCAGGAGGCGGUGUUCCUGGCGUGGAUGGAGUGCUUCCACGCGCUGCUGGAGCGGCCUGUGCCCACGGAGGGGCAGCCGUCGGACCCCGAGCAGCGCAAGCAGUGGGCGUGGUGGAAGGUGAAGAAGUGGCUGCUGCACAUCAUCAACCGCAUGUUCCACAGGUUUGGCAAUCCCAAGUACGCCAAGGGCGAUGACAAGGCGUUCGCCACCAUGUUCGCGGACAAGUGCGCUGGCCGCCUGCUGAACUCGUACCUGCACCUGCUGGCGCCCGUGCGCACCGACCCCAACAGCCUGCCCGACCGCAUCACCAACCUCGCCAUGCAAUACGUUACCUACAGUCUGUCAAAGAAGGCGCUGUACGAGUCACUGAAGCCGCAUCUGCAGGUGCUGCAGUUCGAGGUGGCGUUCCCGCUGCUGUGCUUCAACGACCAUGACGCCCUGCUCUGGGCCGACAACCCCCUCGAAUACGUCCGCAAGGGCUAUGACAUCAUAGAGGACAUGUACAGUGCGCGCACAGCGGCACUCAACUUCCUGGCGGAGCUGGUGACGAAGAGGAGCAAGGACACGCUCGACCCCUUCAUUGCCGCGCUUGUGCUCAUCCUCAACCGGUACAACGAGGCGGCACCGGAUCAAAAGGCGGCGCAGGCGCGGCAGAAGGACGGGGCGUUGCUGGCGAUAGGCGCGCUGCAUGAGAAGCUGCAGGGCACGGCGCGCUACAAGGCGCAGCUGGAGCACAUGCUGCUCACGCACGUCUUCCCCGAGUUCACCAGCCCCUGUGCUUUCCUCCGCGCCAAGGCGGCGUGGGUGGCGGGGCAGUACGCGGACAUCCCCUUCAGCAACCCGGCGCACUUUGGGGGCGCACUGCAGGCGGUGGUGGGGCUGCUGCGCGACCCUGAGCUGCCCGUGCGCGUGGACGCGGUUGUGGCGCUGCGCUCCUUUGUGGACGCGUGUGAAGACCUGGACCAGCUGCGCCCCAUCAUUCCCAAUCUGCUUGACGAUUUCUUCAAGCUGAUGCACGAGGUGGAGAACGAGGACCUGGUGUUCACAUUGGAGGUGAUCGUGGAGAAGUUUGGCGAGGAGAUGUCGCCCUUCGCCGUCGGCCUCAUCCACAACCUCGCGGCGGCGUUCUGGAAGUGUGUGCGGUCAUCAGAGGCAGCAGAGGGAGGAGAGAGUGAGGAAGCGGUGGAUGACAUGAGUGCGCUGGCAGCAGCGGGGUGUCUGCGCGCCAUGGGCACGGUGCUGGAGUCCAUCUCCUCGCUGCCGCACCUCUUCCCGCAGCUGGAGCCCACGCUGCUGCCCAUCCUGCACAAGAUGGUCACGUCUGACGGCCAAGACCUGUACGAGGAGGUGUUGGAGAUAGCCACAUACAUGACGUACUACAGCCCAUCCAUCUCGCCCGCCCUCUGGUCCAUCUGGCCGCUCAUCCUCUCCUCCCUCAACGAAUUCGCCAUCGACUUCUUUGAGUAUGCGUUGGACCCGUUGGACAACUUCAUAUCGCGUGGCACAGACCACUUCCUCACAUGCCCCGACCCCAACUACCCCGACUCGCUCUGGAAGCUGCUCUCCAAGCUAUUGAGCGACGACGACAUCAGCGAUCGGGAUGUGGUACCAGCGCCGAAGCUGAUGGAGGUGGUGCUGCUCAACUGCCGCGGGCGGGUGGACGCGUGGCUGCCGCUGUACCUGCAGCUCGCCCUCACGCGUCUCAACAAGGCCUCUCUGCGCCACCUCAAGGACCUCCUCAUGCAGGUUGUGGCCAACGGGCUAUACUACAACGCGCAGCUCACACUGCAGGCGCUGGAGGGCAUGGGGGCGACGGCAGGGGUGUUCCAGACGUGGCUCACCAUGCUGCAGGCCAAGAGCCAGACCACCAGCAAGCGCCUCCACUUCAAGAGGCAGCACGACAAGAAGGUGUGCAUUCUGGGCCUGGUGUCGCUGCUCUCACUGCCCACGGUUGCGCUCCCGGCAUCGGUGGCACCUCUGCAGGGCGAAUUCGCCAAGGCGGUGCUACAGCUGCUCGUGGCGUACAAGGAGCAGCACGAGGCCGCGGAGUUGGAAUCAGAGGACGAGGAUGAUGACGAGGAGGGCGAGGAUGGCAUGGGUGAUGGGGGGGAGGAGGAUGAGGAUGAGGAGGAAGAGGAGGAGGAAGGGGAGGAGUCUUCAGAGCUGAAGAAGGCCAUCAAGAAGGCGCACAAGAUGUUGGAUGGGGACGAGGAGGAGGACGAGGACGAUGAGGGCUUCUGGUCGGACGAGGAUGAGAUGCUCACGCCCAUUGAUGACGUCGACCCCUUCAUCCACUUCUCCGAUAUCAUGGCUGGGGUGCAAGCAUCGGACCCGGCGCGGUUCAGCAGUCUGAUGGGGUCGCUGGACUUUACCCACCAGGCCAUGGCACACACAGUGGCGCAGGUGGCUCAGCAGCAGCGUGACUCCAAGGCCAAGGAGGCCGCAGAGAAGGCCGCGGGGGGUGCUGCAGCUACUUAG